AAAGCCACGGAAUAACAGAAGUGAGAUUGAAAACGGAAAAUCCGAAUCCAACAGCUAAACUUGGUCAAAGCAUAUCCUAGGAUUGUUGGUCGAACAGCUUAUCUCGGUUUUAUUUGUAAAAUCGAUAUCACACUUAUCAGCAAAUAUUCGAUCCAGCCUCAGGUAUUUAGAUUAUCUAUUUCACAACGAAUAAGGAAUCGGCCGUUGAAGAUAAAGUGAGUCUACUAGUUCACGUCGAAAAAAAUUGGGAUUUUGUGGGCACUCCUACCUAAAAGGAUAUUAGAUCGUGCUUAUUUUUCAGUUGAUUCAGGAAAAAAGAUGUCUGAAUUGGUAGGAAAAAUUCCUAAGCCGCAAAUGCGCAGUCUUUUGCACCGACAAAUCAAGAGGAAUUUGUUAAUAUGCGGUAUUGGCGUUGCAAUCGCUGGUAGCUACAUGAGAUUCGUAUACGGGGAUGGACAAAAACGAGCCUAUGCUGAAUUUUAUCGAACCUACGACAUAGAGAAAGAGUUCCAAAGAAUGAGAAAAAAGGGACUUUUCGACUCGUGUGAUGCUGAUGAUUGAAGAACUUUUAAUUUGACGCUAAGUGUAUUAGCUGAACUUAUAGCUUAUAUAAGAAUUAGCAUUUAGUAGUAAUAGUCUUGAAUAUCUAUAUGGGUCUAUAUUGAGAGACAUGCAAAUUUCAAUAAACAAUAAUAAGAAGUAUAGGUAUGUUGUAUGUAUAAGAUACAUUCCUCAGCUAUGAAAUCUCGCUAGUAUGUUAAAUUGAUUACCAUUAUCAAAAUCACAGGCAAUAAUAUCAACUUGAGUAACAAAUUGAUACCUA